AUGGUUCAAGCCUUUAUGGGAGAACAGGAAAAUCUCGAGGCAAUAAACGAUUUUACAGAAAUGCAUGAUGAUGGAAGUCGACAACCGGGUAGUUUGGGAGAGACACAUACGCGCUCUGUGUCAUUAGAUGACAGGAUUAUCAGAAAUAAAGCAUUCAAACCUUCAAAUUAUCAAUUUGUCGAGGAAGAAGAAACUGGUUCUGCGCCUAAUCAGCAGGACACAACCAUGUCUCCCCUGGGACGUGAUAACGAGGCAACAGACUCUGCUAGUCAAGCAGUAUUUGGAUUUGCGUGUUUGGAUUAUAUAUUAGCAGAUAUUGAUCUGAUUAAAGAAAGGUUCUCAAAGUUGCUUUUGGGCGAGGACAUGUCUGGUGGAGGAAAGGGUGUUUCAUCAGCAUUGGCAUUGUCUAAUGCCAUCACAAAUCUUGCAGCUUCUAUCUUCGGUGAAAUUGCACGGUUGGAACCCAUGCAACCAGAAAGAAAAGCAAGGUGGAGGAAAGAAAUGGAUUGGUAUUUAUCCGUCACAGAUCACAUUGUAGAAUUUGUUCCUACCCAACAGAACAAUAAUGGGGUUAAUAUGGAAGUCAUGACCACAAGGCAGCGCAGUGAUCUCCUCGUGAACGUUCCUGCCCUACGCAAGCUUGACGCGAUGCUUAUUGGGUGUCUAGACAACUUUAAAGAUCAAAAUGAAUUUACUUAUGUGUCGAAAAACGCAGACAAGAAAAAUAAGAGAAAUGAAGAUAAAUGGUGGGUACCUACCCCACAGGUGCCUCCAGAUGGUUUGUCUGAUAUUACAAAGAAAUGGCUCCAUUUUCAGAAGGAAUCUGUAAACCAAGUACUUAAAGCAUCCAUGGCCAUAAAUGCCCAAAUUAUAACCGAAAUGGAGAUCCCGGAUAACUACAUCGAAUCUCUCCCCAAGAAAGGGAAAACAAGCCUUGGUGAUUCGGUGUACAAAAAUAUUACAACGGAUCAUUUUGAUCCUGACAUUUUUCUUACAACAAUGGAUUUAUCAACAGAGCAUAAAAUUCUAGAUCUCAAGAAUAGGAUUGAGGCGUCCAAGGUGAUCUGGAGGAGGAAGUUGAACGCUAAAGAUGGGAAGUCAUCUUGGAGUUCAGGUGUAAGUUCGGAGAAGAGAGGACUAUUUGAAGAAAGAUUGGAGACCAUCCUACUCAUUCUCAAGUAUAGAUUCCCAGGAAUACCUCAAUCUCAACUAGACAUAAGUAAAAUCCAAUACAAUGGAGAUGUUGGUCAUGCUGUGCUAGAGAGUUAUUCAAGAAUACUGGAAAGCUUGGCCUUUAAAGUCAUCUCACGUAUAGAAGACGUUCUUCAUGCAGAUGCUCUUGUACAAAAUCCAUCAAACGGAAAGCAGUCCUCUUUUAGAGAAUCUGCAAUCAAGAGCUCACGAAAAUUCCUUAAUGCCAGGGAAGAGGUAGAAAGGCUUGGCUUGGACACAGCACACACCUCAAUGUCAUUAUCAGAUUUCAUGGGUUAUAAUUACGACCAAAGCACCCCUGAUCAGAAACAGGAUUUGCAAGAUGAUUUAUGUAAGGAUGGUCUGGGAAGUAAGAAGAGAUAUUCCUAUAUAGAAAGACUUGAGAAAAGCGGGUUAAGAAGUCCAACACCGCGAGACUAAUGAGUUCCACCAAAGAACCAAAACAGUGAGAUUCUUAUCUAUAUUACUGGAUACAUUGGUUAUAUCAAGUUAUUCAUUUAGCUAAGUGCUGGGAAGUGAGAAGCCUAUAAUGUCUAAUGUGGAGUUUCUGGAUUAUUUUAUCCAUGCCAGACUUUACUUUGCUGACUGUACCAUAAUAACUAAGUAAUUUAUAUUACUCUAGCAUAUUCAU